UUCCUCCCCCGGGGAUGGGGGUUCAGGGGGCCCAAUGGUGGCACCAGGCUGAAUGCGAACGCCUGGCCGUCAUGGCAGCGAACUGCGCUGGUAUCGCCCUGAGUUGUCACGGCGUCACCAUGAAGUGUCAAGUAAAGCCUUCUGGCAGUGGAUCACCGCCAAAUAAGGUGGCUACCAGUCCCUUAUUACAAGGAUGUCCUUUAUUUUUUCAUCUCUGAACAAGACUGGGAGUUAUUGAGUGCAGCAAAAACAGCAAGAAAUACCUCACGCGAAUGUAGACUCAGUGCCAUUGUGCACCCUGGAACUCUUGGCAGGGAGGAGAGUUACGGUGGCACACAGAGAACUGUUGCUAUGGCAACAGCAGAAGCUGUCUGCGUCGGUGGGGCCAGGCAGGGUCCGGAAUAGCUUUCUUGGGACUCGGAGGUGAGGACAUCCCUGCUGUGCACAGACAUUGCUCUAGAGACAAUGGAGCUAGUAGAAGCAACACAGCCAGCAGAUACAGGGGAGCCUAAGGAACCAGAGUAUUCUAACCCUCUCCUGAGGCGUGCUCUCACUGGAGAUGUGGAAGGUGUGCAGCAGAUUUUUGCUGACCCAGAAGACCCUGAUGGUGAAAAGGCCAUGCAACUUCUCAUGGAAAAGGACAUCAUAGGGAGAGGCCUACUGUACGCAACCAGCAUGGCUGGACAGAGUGCAGUCAUCAGAGCACUGGCAAAAUACGGAGUGGUCAUGAAGGAUAAAACAGCCAGAGGUUACACACUCCUCCACUGUGCUGCGGCCUGGGGCCAGCUGGAGACUUUGAAAACUCUGGUAGAACUGGAAGCUGAUAUUCUAGCAACGACUUUCCAGGGUGAAAAGGCCCGAGAUAUAGCCCACCGUUAUGCACAGAUAGACUGUGUCGAAUUCCUGGACUGGGCAGAAGCUAAGCAGGCUCUGCGGACGUUCAUUGCCCACAUCCAGGCAACGAUUGCAGACCCAGAGAAGGUGCAGGGAAGGCUGAACAAGGAAGACAAGAACAUGUCUCUCAGCGCCUGUCGUGUAAAAUCUGACUGGCUUGAGAACGCCAAGGAGCCCACCAGACAAGACUUCCUGGAUCAGAAGCAGCACCUGGAAGAUACCAUGCUUCCCAUCUUCACAAAGCUGGCCACGCCCCGUCCUCUGACAGCUAAGAGCACCAGGUCGGCAUUGAACUGCAGCAAAAUCUGAAGCUUCAUUUCCACAUCUCCUGCCUGUCUCAGGUGUAGCUGUUGUUCCAGAUGGCAGAAAACCUUCUGAGGAUCAUGCCUCCUGAAACAGGAAGGACAAAGCACAGCUGGGCUGUCAGGCUUGCUCUCCCACUUCAGUUAUUACUCUAGGGCGCUAGUCAUGUGCAGUGCUUUACAAACACAGAAGGCAACGGCCCUGUCCUGGAGAGUUUGCAAUCUAAAAAUAGAAAAGUCUCUCACCUGUCCCUCCCUUGAAUCAACAGGUGCAGUUUAAAAUCACUCAGCUGAGCACGUGCUGGAGGCUGUGCUCUGGCUGCCCUUAGUGGAGCUUCUAUUUGUUUUUUUUCCAUGCUGGUUUAAACCUCAGUCUCCUUCUUGUUUGGGUCAAGGCCAUUCUGUGACUGGGACAAGGGCUCGGCCUACAUGUGCUCAUUGUGAUCUGGGCCAAGCAUGGAUGGUCCCCAAGGGUUAUGCUGGGGCAUCUUUCCCUGACUGGAAUCGCCUGGCUGCCAGAGCCUCCGUGACUUGACUCUCAUUCUGUAGUGGUAUGUGGUGCCCACAAGCAAGGUGCUCACAAGAGGCUUUCAGCCAGGAUCCAUCAGAAUGAAAUCCAUCCGUUCACCUGGCUAGUGGAGCCAGCACAUGGCUGCUCACAUAAUCUUCUUGAUGAUACAAAACAUUAAUCAAAUAGCAUAAUAACUCCUCAGCCAUCCAGUGUGACUCAUUGCCAUGGCAGCAGACAGAAAGCCAGUUUGCACCAAACAUGCCAUAAAAUUAGUCAAAUCCACCGCGGUAUGAGCCUUUGCUUUUGAUUACUUAGCUGUCCCAUGCAUGUGCCCUUUGGCUGAGCUCUGACUAGGUCUUAAGGGAAGCUUGUGGGUAGGUCAGAGAGUAGCUCUGUUUGGCCCUUCUGUUGCCACAGGCACCUUAUAAAAUGCCCUCUUUAAAAAGUGUACCUGUCUGUUCACUCCAGGUGAAGUUCAGCCUAUGCAGAUAGCCACUGCAAAGCUCAUGCCUCAUUUAAACCUGACUUAGAAGGUUUAAGUGGAGCAUAGGCCUCGGGCUGGCUCUCUGCAGGAGCAGAGGAGAAUGUCACAAAGAGCUGAUACAUUGCUAGCUAAUGACCCUCAAGGUGUCAUUGUAAAGGACUUGCUGAGGGGGGCCCCUGUGAGUGAUACUAACUAAGGGCAUGGCUACACUUGCAGAUGUAGAGCGCUUUGAGUUAAACCAGCCUUCGUCGAGCGCAGUGAGGAAAGCGCUGCGAUCUGUCCACACUGCCAACUAGCAUUGGCCUCUGUUAGAGGCAGGAUACUGGGCUAGAUAGAGCCUUGGUGUGUCCCAGGCUGACUGUUCUGAUGUACACUCUCCUUGGCAGCAUUGUUGGGCUCACUAGCAGAGAUUCCAAUGGGUGGGUGGAAGAAGUGAUCUGAAAGAAACCUCACCUCAGGCUAUGCAUAUGUUAGUACCCCACAGAGCUAUGCAGGAGGCAGUGAUUGGGUUUCCAGUCACACACUCACUAGGCUUUGCGGAGCAGACAAAUUAAUUAAAACAGUGUUAUUCCAGAGGGAGAAUCUUAACGGCUUGGGGAACAUGAUGAAUCAUGCUGUGGUAUUCCCCAAUAUUAACCUGUUCCUUA